AUGCAUUUCUCUACAACAGCAUCUAAUAAACCAGGCAGUGGCACUUUGGUGUGCGAGUGCUCUGGCAACCGCGCUCAAUUCUCUCGUAUCCAUGCACAAUACCCCUUAAAGUUCGUACCAACAGGUGCACAUGCCAAUCGUCUAGGAGCUGUCUACAUGCUAAGCUAUGGUGGUGGCAUCGUCAGCGGCGAUCACUUUGACAUUGUCGUCCGAGUGGGUCCUCAAGCCAAGUUGCUGCUCAUGACACAAGGCAACACCAAGAUCUUCAAAGACAUCCAACGCAGACUCGGCCUCCCACCCUCAUCUGAACAGAUCAUCGCCAACUAUAUAGCUGCUGAUGCUACGCUCAUGCUGCUGCCUGAUCCCGUUACGUCCUUCAAGUUAUCGUCUUUUUGCUCACGCCAAACAUUCCACCUUGCUUCUGGUGCCUCAUCCAAGUUGGUAUUGCUCGACUGGUUCAAUAGUGGACGUAUCACACGUGGCGAGAGUUGGUUAUUCCAGCACUAUUCGAGUCGAAUUGAUGUCUUCGUCGAAGGCAAGCUUGUAUUGCGUGAUCAUAUGGCGCUCGAUGAUAAGACAAAAGAUCACAAGGGAAAUCAACAACCCAUGCCUGCCCCUUUGACAAGCUAUGCAGGUCAACUCGGUCCAUACACGUGCUUUGCAACUCUAAUCAUUGUCGGUGUCCCCGAAUCAAUCGAGAAACUCGAACGAAUGGCUGAAGAACAACGCUUUAUGGCAAGCACACAACACCGUCCUCUUUUAUGGUCAACAAGCCCCUUCCUCAAAGGCCGUGGAAUGCUUGUACGUGUCGCAGGAAUGACCACUGAACAAGUUCGGGACUUUGUAAAGUAUGAAUGUCUUCAAGAAGGUCUCAAACCCAUUGUGGGCGAUGGCAUGUUUUCCAAGGUACUCAUGUAG